AUGGAUGCCUCGGAUAGUAAUACAUUCUCUGAUCUAGUGAGCUUGUUAAAAUCUUGGAUUCCUUGGCGGUCCGAGCCAACUAAUGUGUCAAGGGUCUUUUGGAUGCCCGAUCACAGCUGUAGGGUAUGCUACAAUUGUGAUUCACAAUUCACUUUGUUCAACCGCAGGCAUCACUGUCGACUUUGCGGUAGAGUUUUCUGUGCCAAGUGUACUUCAAACUGGGUUUCUGCACCAUCUAGCGACCAAAAUAGGCGGCAGGAAGAUUGGGAUAAGAUCAGGUCCUGUAAUUACUGCUUCAAUCAAUGGGUAAAGGGUUUAACAUCGACUGUUAAUAAUGGGAUCCAGGUUGACAACCUGGAUCUCAACAGUACUUCGUCAUCCGUGACCAGCUUCAUCAGCAUCAAGUCUAGUGGAACCUGUGACAGUAGCAGCAUUACCUUUGAAUCAGUGCCACAGUCUUCUGGACUUACCCCACUUCAUUCAGCAAUAAUGGAAAAGACUCAAGCCCUUUCAUACGUGAGGAACAAUAAUCAUUCUGCAGAAACGGGGGAACCGAAUAGUUCUGUGAACGAAUUUGAAAUUUGCACAAACAGGAGUGACGAUGAUGAAGAAUUUGGAAUUUAUCAUUCAGAUUCAGAAAGAAGAAAUUUUUCUCCGGUUGAUGGCUGCUAUGGUCAUAUUCAGUUUGAUGAUAUUGAGAGUGAUUAUGUAUCACGCAAAGUGCAUCCGGAUAGCGAUGCUGUUGAUUCAAAAGGUAUGUGCAGCUCUUCAUUCCACAAUAGUUUUGGUUCCCAGACUCCCGAAGAAGUCCAGCACAUUCUUGAAGAAGAAGGUGAACAUGAGAUUGGUGAUAAAUGUGAAGCACCUUCAUUCCAUUGUAAUGCUAACGUUGUUGAAGAUGUUGAUACUGAACCUGUGGAUUUUGAAAACAAUGGACUUCUUUGGCUCCCUCCUGAACCAGAAGACGAAGAAGAUGACAGGGAAACACUCUUGUUUGAUGAUGAGGAAGAUGCUGAUGCCACUGGAGAGUGGGGAUGUUUACGCACUUCAAGCAGUUUUGGGAGUGGGGAGUACCGAAGUAAGGACAAAUCAAAUGAGAAAAAGGGCAUGAAGAAUGUGGUUGACAUCCAUUUUAGGACUUUAGUUUCUCAGCUCUUGCAGGUGGAGAACCUUGUUUCAGGGGAGGAAGAUGACAAAGAUGGUUGGUUAGAUAUAAUUACAUCAUUGUCAUGGGAAGCUGCUACAUUAUUAAAGCCAGAUACAAGCAAGGGUGGGCAAAUGGACCCAGGAGGAUAUGUGAAAGUAAAAUGUUUAGCUUCUGGGCAUCGCAGUGAGAGUAUGGUGGUCAAAGGAGUUGUUUGCAAAAAGAACGUGGCUCAUCGCCGGAUGGCAUCAAAAAUGGAGAAACCUCGUUUGAUGAUCCUUGGAGGGGCUCUUGAAUAUCAGCGGGUUUCGAACCUUCUUUCGAGCGUUGAUACCCUGUUGCAGCAGGAAAUGGAUCAUCUUAAGAUGGCUGUUGCAAAAAUAGAUUCACACCAACCUGAUAUUCUUCUGGUGGAGAAAUCUGUUUCACGAUUUGCCCAAGAUUACCUUCUUGCAAAAGAUAUAUCACUUGUUCUAAAUAUCAAAAGGCCACUUUUGGAGCGCAUAGCCCGUUGUACAGGUGGUGACAUAGUUUCUUCAAUUGACCAUCUCUCAUCCCAGAAGUUGGGAUACUGUGACAAGUUCCAUGUUGAGAGGUUUUUAGAAGAGCAUGGAACCGCUGAGCAGGGUGGAAAGAAGCUGAUGAAAACACUAAUGUAUUUUGAAGGUUGUCCAAAGCCACUGGGAUACACGAUAUUACUACGAGGCGCUAAUGGGAAUGAGUUGAAGAAAGUGAAGCACGUGGUACAGUAUGGAGUUUUUGCAGCAUAUCACCUAGCUUUAGAAACAUCUUUUCUUGCUGAUGAAGGAGCCUCUCUGCCUGAACUACCAUUAAACUCAACAAUAACGGUAGCAUUUCCAGAUAAGCCAUUAAGUACUGACAGGUCAAUCUCAAUGAUACUUGGUUUUACCGCACCUGCCAAUGAAAAAACACUGGGACCUCAAUACGCUGGUGGACCUCAAAGUUCAAAUUAUGUUCAUACUUCAGAUCUGGUAAAGGCCACAGGUGUUUCGACUCAGAAAAAAGAAGUGCCAGAGACUACUAGCACUGCUAUUUAUACAAGCUCUCACUUCACCAAAUCCUUAGUCUCAUCUUCUGGUGAUGCUUCAGAAGAAAGAUGUCUAGCAGAUUUGACAGAAUAUUCAGGUAGGAGAACUUCUGUAGCAGACAACAUCCUGGUUGACACAAAAAAUGGUCACAUUUCUAAUGAUUUUGGGGAUUCCAAUGUCAACAAUAAGCAAAAUGAUUGUUGCACAGUGGAUGCCAACAGGAGGAGGUCAAAUCCACAGUCUUUGCAAUUUGAUGGAGAGCAUGUUCUUCAGGAACAAAUUUCUCUUAAAGAAGAGUUUCCUCCAUCUCCCUCUGACCAUCAAAGCAUUUUAGUUUCCUUAUCAUCACGGUGUGUGUGGAAGGGAACUGUCUGUGAAAGAUCCCAUCUAUUUCGUAUAAAAUACUAUGGAAACUUUGACAAGCCACUGGGCCGUUUUCUGCGGGAUCAUUUAUUUGAUCAAAGUUAUAGAUGCCGCUCAUGUGAGAUGCCCUCGGAAGCUCAUGUUCAGUGUUAUACUCAUCGACAAGGUACCCUUACAAUUUCGGUUAAGAAACUGCCUGAAAUUCUAUUGCCAGGUGAAAGGGAAGGAAAGAUUUGGAUGUGGCACAGGUGCCUGAGGUGUCCACGUGCUAAUGGCUUCCCCCCAGCAACUCGAAGAGUUCUGAUGUCUGAUGCUGCUUGGGGGUUGUCCUUUGGGAAGUUUUUAGAGCUAAGCUUUUCAAAUCACGCAGCUGCUAGCAGGGUGGCAAGUUGUGGCCAUUCUUUACAUAGAGACUGUCUUCGGUUUUAUGGAUUUGGCAAGAUGGUUGCUUGCUUUCAUUACGCAUCAAUUGAUGUUCACUCAGUCUACCUUCCUCCCGCCAAACUUAAUUUCAACUAUGAGAGUCAAGAGUGGAUACAGAAAGAACUGAAUGAGGUAGCUGGCCGGGCUAAGCUUUUGUUCUCUGAAGUGCAAAAUGCUCUCCGCCUUCUGGUAGAGAAGAAAUCUGGCUCAGAUUCACUUAAUAGUAGCAUGAAAGUACAUGAAUCAAGUUGUCAGCUAGCAGAUUUGGAAGGGGUGUUGCAGAAAGAGAAAGCUGAGUUUGAGGAGGCACUCCAGAAAAUUUUGAAUAAAGAGGCCAAAAUGGGCCGACCAGCCAUUGAUAUUCUUGAGCUUAAUCGACUGCGAAGACAGCUUGUCUUCCAGUCUUAUAUGUGGGACCACCGCCUGAUAUAUGCAGCCAGUUCAGAUGACAAGAACCAACAGGAUGAUGCCUUCGAUUCAGAACCUGUUGAGAAACCCCCUCGUGUUUUAGUUAAGACAUGUAACGAUUUGGGUCGUUCUGAUGCUGUCCUCUCAGAUGGAAACCAUGGCAAAAACCAUGAUCUAGGGUCAAUAGAUAGCCACAAGAAUUAUUAUGAAGUUUGUGAUCAAAGAACCGAUGUAGCUACUAACUCUAAUCAUGAAACUGAAAACCUGUUAACAUCCUUUGCCGGGACAAAGGCCUAUGAUGAAUUCAACCUUCUGGAAUCUGAUGCUACUGUUCGUAGAGCCUUCUCUGAUGAGCAAUUCCCUAUUGUGGCAACUUUAUCAGAUACUCUUGAUGCAGCUUGGACCGGUGAAAAUCACACAAGUAUUGGAUUCCCCAAGAGUAAUACUAUUUCUGAAUUGGUUGAAGCAGAUUCUUCAAUUUCCGUUGGUCUGGGAGAAAAGCUGGAUGUGGGAGACCAUGGAGAGGAUCCCAACUGGUCGAAGGUGUCUCCUUCACCUCCUGUGUUGUCUGCCAAGCCCUCUGAUAAUAUGGAAGAUAGUAUGAGCUGGUUAAGUAUGCCGUUUAUAAGCUUCUAUCGGUCAUUAAACAAAAACUUUUCGGGGACUGCUCAAAAACUGGACACACUUAGUGACUACAAUCCUGUCUAUAUAUCGUCAUUUAGAGAGUUGGAACUCCAAGGUGGGGCUAGCUUACUCUUGCCUGUAGGGGUUAAUGACACUGUUAUUUCAGUGUAUGAUGAUGAGCCCACAAGUAUCAUAUCUUAUGCACUUGUUUCUCCUGAUUAUCUUGUCCAAGUGUCUGAUGAGCUUGAGAGACCAAAGGACACUACAAACUCAAUGGUUGGUAUGCAGUCCCUUGAUUCUUCUAAUUUCCAGUCCUUCUCGUCUAUUGAUGAUAUAGCACUGGAGUCCUAUAGAAGUUUCGGUUCUGGAGAUGAAAGCAUCUUAUCUCUGUCUAGUUCUCGUAGUUCCUUGCCUUUGGAUCCACUCUCAUAUACAAAAACUUUGCAUGCCAAGGUAUCUUUUGAGGGUGAAGGGCCCCUUGGGAAAGUGAAAUAUACAGUUACUUGUUACUAUGCAAAGCGUUUCGAAGCCUUGAGGAGGAUAUGCUGUCCAUCAGAGGUGGAUUUCAUUAGGUCCCUUAGCCGGUGUAAGAAGUGGGGAGCACAAGGUGGCAAGAGCAAUGUCUUUUUUGCUAAAACCUUAGAUGACCGAUUUAUUAUUAAGCAAGUGACAAAGACCGAGCUGGAAUCAUUUAUCAAGUUUGCCCCUGGGUAUUUUAAAUAUCUUUCCGAGUCAAUCAACUCUCGAAGUCCAACAUGCCUGGCAAAGAUCCUAGGGAUGUAUCAGGUAAUGUCCAAACAUCUUAAAGGAGGGAAGGAAUCAAAAAUGGAUGUACUGGUUAUGGAGAAUCUUCUGUUUGGAAGAAAUCUGACUCGGCUUUAUGAUCUUAAAGGAUCCUCAAGAUCUCGGUAUAAUCCUGAUUCUAGUGGAAGUAAUAAGGUCUUGCUGGAUCAGAACUUGAUCGAAGCAAUGCCUACGUCACCCAUUUUUGUUGGAAAUAAAGCAAAGAGAUUUUUAGAAAGAGCCGUCUGGAAUGAUACUGCUUUUCUUGCUUCGAUAGACGUAAUGGAUUAUUCACUACUGGUUGGGGUCGAUGAAGAGAAGAAUGAACUUGUUCUCGGGAUUAUUGACUUCAUGCGACAGUAUACAUGGGACAAGCACCUUGAGACAUGGGUAAAGGCGUCGGGCAUCCUUGGUGGACCCAAAGAUGCUUCACCGACAGUAAUUUCCCCAAAGCAGUACAAAAAAAGGUUCAGAAAAGCGAUGACGGCCUAUUUUCUGAUGGUUCCAGAUCAAUGGUCACCUCCUACAGUUGUUCCUAGCAAGUCUCAGACGAAUCUAUGUGAAGAGAAUGCACAGGGCGUGACCUCUGCUGAGUAA